AGACGCCGAGCAGCUCCCGCCCAGCGUCUGUCCCUCCCCUCCGGGCCUUGCCCUCCUGGGUCGGAGCCCAGCGGCCUGCCCUGUCUGCUCCUGGACUUGCUAAACCCCCGUCCUUGGUCUCCCAGGGAGGCGGUGGUGGCGCAGUCUCCCUCAGGACGAGGCGGAGCGCUGGGGUUGGCGCCUGGCUUCCCUGGUUGGCACUCCCACAGCCCUCCCGCUUCCAGCGGGGGCGGAAGUCGCCGGGCCUCGGGGGCACUCCCUCGGGGGUGGGCAGGGAGGCCUGGUCCGGCUCAGGCCCAGCAGCCCCGGGAGGUUUGGGGAGGACGUGCCUUGCCCGCCGCGCUCCCGCCGCGCACCCCCGUCUCAUGGGUGACCACUCUCCUCCCGGCACUGAGGUCCAGCCAUGUGGCCGGGGGCACCUGAGUGGCUGCCUGCUGGUCAGGUUGCCCACAGUGGGCCCAGGGUGAGGGAAGACAGGUGGCCCUCGGGGCGGAGCCCAGGUGCUUGGGAAGGCCUGGGAGGGGCCGGCCCUGGCGGCACAGGUGUGGCCAGCCCGGCUGCCUUGUCACGGGGAACUGGGCUGAGGCUCAGUGGGGCGGGGAUGGCCCGUCAGGCUCAGCCCUACCCACAUGCUGUUCCCAGCUGGACCGGAGAAGGCGGCGAGGCCAGGAGGCCCCGUUGUGCUGCUGCGCCGGCCAUGGGGUCCCCAGGCCAGGCUCCCCUGGGCCCCAAGUAUGUGGGCCUCUGGGACUUCAUGGCCCGGACAGCUGAGGAGCUGAGCUUCCGGGCUGGGGACCUCUUCCACGUGGCCAGAAAGGAGGAGGAGUGGUGGUGGGCCGUGCUGCUGGACGGGGCGGGCAGGUCCCUGGCCGAGGGCUACGUGCCCCACAACUACCUGGCCGAGAAGGAGACGGUGGAGUCGGAGCCGUGGUUCUUCGGCAGAAUCUCUCGCUCGGAAGCCCUGCACCGACUGCAGGCGGCGGGCAGUGAACCGGGGGCCUUCCUGAUCCGGGUCAGCGAGAAGCCGGGUGCCGACUACGUCCUCUCGGGUACCCGCUCCACCCCCACCCCACCCAUCCCCGCUCUGCAGCCCCACCUGGGCCUGACUUUGGGGCUCCCGGCCCCUCAACCCUUCGUGCACGCAGAGCCCGGCCCCUCCGGCCGGCGCCUCUGCCACGCUGCGACGUCCAGGCCCUGCUCCGGGAGCUCUGUCCCCGGUCCAGCCGGGAUCUCCUCUCCCCGUUGGGGGCGGCAGGCCCCCUCAGCGCCUGUUCACCAGCGCCCCCUCCACCCAGUGCGGGACCAGCAGACCGUGCGCCACUACAAGAUCUGGCGGCGGGACGGCCGGUUGCACCUCAACGAGGCCGUGUCCUUCUCCGGCCUGCCCGAGCUCGUGGAGCACCACAAGGCCCAGAGCCUGUCCCACGGCCUGCGGCUGACCUUGCCCUGCCGGAAGCACGAGCUGGAGCCCCUGCCCCACUGCGAUGACUGGGAGAGGCCACGAGAGGAAUUCACGCUCUGUAGGAAGCUGGGCUCUGGCUACUUCGGGGAGGUCUUCGAAGGGCUGUGGAAGGACCAGGUCCGAGUGGCCAUCAAGGUGAUUGCCCGAGCCGACCUCCUGCACCAGCACACGUUCCAGUCGGAGAUCCGGGCCAUGAAGAGGCUGCGGCACAAGCACGUCCUGGCGCUGUACGCCGUGGCGUCCGUGGGGGACCCCGUGUACAUUGUCACCGAGCUCAUGCCCAAGGGGAGCCUGCUGGAGCUGCUACGGGACUCCGAUGAGAAAGCCCUGCCCAUCUCGGAGCUGGUGGACGUCGCAGCACAGGUGGCCGAGGGCAUGUGCUACCUGGAAUCACAGAAUUACAUCCACCGGGACCUGGCUGCCAGGAACAUCCUCGUGGGAGAAAACAACGUCUGCAAAGUUGGGGACUUUGGGCUGGCCAGACUCAUCAAGGAGGACAUCUACCUCUCCCAUGACCACAACAUCCCUUACAAAUGGACUGCCCCCGAGGCGCUCUCCCGAGGGCAUUACUCCAUCAAGUCCGACAUCUGGUCCUUCGGGGUCCUCCUCCACGAGAUCUUCAGCAGGGGCCAGAUGCCCUAUCCAGGCAUGUCCAACCAUGAGGCCUUCCUGAGGGUGGAGGCAGGCUACCGCAUGCCCUGCCCCCCAGAGUGCCCGCCCACCACACACACGCUGAUGCUCUCGUGCUGGCACAGGGACCCUGAGCAGAGGCCCUGCUUCAAAGGGCUGUGGGAGAAGCUCUCCAGCCUCGCGCGGUACGACAACCCGCUCUGA